CAGCGUUUUAACUCGUCGACUCGUGACGACCCUUCGAGAGUUCGAGUUCAGCCAUGGCGUCCCCACAAGUUCAAUCUCCAGGUCAACAGCAAUGGCAGCUGGUACAGGGCUUCAGCAAUUUGUCCUUGCAAAGUCCACAGCUCCAGUCGCUCCAGCCGCAGUCGCAGGUGCCACCCCAGGUGGUCCAGGGAUUCAGCAAUUUGGGCCUGCAAUCCCCGCAAGCGCCGCAAGCGCAAUGGCAGAUGCUAAGUCAGGUGCAACCCCAGGUCUAUCAGAUCCCCAGCCCUGGUCCUGGAGCGUUGCCCGGCGCGACUUCCCACGUGGAGCGCCUGCGGCUCAGUUCCGGCGCCGCGGUCCCGACCGCGGCGGCGGAACGGCCGGAACGGCCGGAACGGCUGGGUGCGCUGAUCGUGACGGUGACGGAGGGCAGCUCCUAUGAUCCCAUCUUUCAACAGGUGGAACAGACCGAUGAUCAAGGACUCGGCAGGGGAUGA